GAGUAAGUUUGUGACGAAAAUACUGAGGCGCGUGCACCCAAGACAGUGGUGGCGCGCGUGACAAAAUGGCGACUACCACAGGAGAGAGGACCUGAGUGAACCUGAAAGAUGGUCAGCAGCCAGCCCAAGUAUGACCUGAUCCGGGAGGUGGGCCGCGGCAGCUACGGGGUAGUGUAUGAAGCUCUGGCACGUAAAACUUGCCAACGUGUGGCGGUAAAGAAGAUCCGCUGCCAGGCACCAGAGAAUGUGGAGCUAGCACUGCGUGAGUUCUGGGCUCUAAGCAGUAUCCAGAGCCAGCAUCCGAACGUCAUCCACCUAGAGGAGUGUGUGCUGCAAAGGGAUGGCAUGGUGCAACAGAUGUUGCAUGGUUCCAGUUCUUCUCUCUAUCUGCCGCUGGUGGAGACGUCUCUCAAGGGAGAAAUUGCUUUUGACCCACGCAGCACAUAUUGCCUCUGGUUUGUGAUGGAUUUCUGUGAUGGCGGAGAUAUGAAUGAGUACCUUUUGACCCGGAGACCAAGCCGACGCAUCAAUACCAGCUUCAUGCUACAACUAAGCAGUGCCCUGGCCUUUCUGCAUAAGAACCAGAUCAUCCAUCGUGACUUGAAACCUGAUAACAUCCUUGUGUGUAAGGCCCGAGAUGGUGCAACAGAGCCUACACUAAAAAUUGCUGACUUUGGCCUGAGCAAAGUGUGUUCCAGCUCUGGCUUGAACCCAGAGGAACCAGCUAGUGUCAAUAAGAGCUUCCUGUCUACUGCCUGUGGCACAGACUUUUACAUGGCACCAGAAGUAUGGGAGGGACACUAUACUGCCAAAGCAGACAUCUUUGCACUAGGCAUCAUUCUGUGGGCUAUGCUUGAGAGGAUCACCAUCACAGACACUCAUACAAAAAAGAGGCUGCUGGGCGGCUUUGUGCAGCGUGGGGUCCAGGUGGUGCCAUUGGGGGAGGCACUGCUUGAAAACCCCAAACUGGAGCUCCCCCUUCCUGUAAGAAAGAAAUCAAUGAAUCGACACAUGAAGAAGUUGCUGCACCAAAUGCUUUCUGCAAACCCACAGGAGCGUCCUGAUGCUUUCCAACUUGAGCUCCGCCUUAUUCAGAUUGCUUUCAGAAACUUCACAUGGGAGACGUGACACCGACUCCUCCAACAAAGGGUGUAAUUGGGAAUUCGGGUGGGUACUGUGAGAUGGGUGGGUGUUGAUGGCCCCAGCACCAUAUGGGAUUCAUUGUGGAAUGUUUUUAAUGGGUGGGUUUACUCAGCCAGCUCAGAAUCCCUUUUACAAUCAAAAAAAAUCUUGCUGAGAGACAAUUGUUUAUGGGUAUAAAUUGCUUAAUUUGUUUUUGCGCCUUCAGCCUCUGUCCAUCCACUGUAAAAUGUUAGCCCAAUUAAUUCAACCCAAGGUUGAUUUUUUUUUUUUUGCUGCUUCAGUUAUAGGACUAAAGGGCUUUGAGUUUAAAAUGUAUAUUUCUGGUUCCCAUUGUGUAGACUCCCCCUCAAUUUAUUUUUGCACAGGAGUUGAUUGCGAUCUUUUAUCACCCUUACAAGGGCUGGUGUUCGACAAUAACUCCCCUUCAAGAGUUCUGCCUCCACAAUUUUCCACCUUCAUUCUAUAUUCUGUAAAGGAAAAAAUGGUUUAAGAUUGCACAUUCCAGUGGCAGUACUGGAUAACUCACAGGAUUUUUUUUAAAUAAGCUGCUGCUGUUUGAAAGUACACAAUUUGUAUGCUUGGCUCACUUUGAUUGUACAUAAGUAUUUAUUGGUACAUAAGGCCUACAUUGGACCAAGCUGGGUCAUUAAUCAGAAGGGACUUUGACAUUUUAGCAUGUGGCAGUGUUUGGACAGUUUUGUUACUCAAGACUCUGAUUGAGAUUUAUGUGUGAUUGCUGUUAGUCUUGGCCCAUAAUCGUCAAAGGAACCUGGGACUGAUGAGCUUUGUCUGACUUAUUGCGAUAUGAAAGUUUUUAUAUGUGAAUAUUUUUAGUCCUAUGGUGUGUUAGGAGUUUGUGUGAUCUCAUGUAGUGUAAAAAGGGGUUGUGUGAGCCCUCUGAACUGAAUAUAAUCCUUUCAUGGGAUUUGUUUGGCCUUCCCUGUAUUAAUAAUGUUAUGAGUUAGUGCUUGUAGCCUGGAUGGGGAAGAAGAGGGCUUCUAGACUGCAACAGUAUGAAUGUUGGUUAUACAUGUGGUCCUGUAUCCACGACUGUCAAAAUGUGGCAGGGUUUGUAUGUAGGAUCUUCUGGUCUAAGAAACUUUAACAAUCUGUGUUGUUGAUAUAAUGGUUUAAUGUGACAUGUCCAGGGUUUGACUACAUUCAGAGGCAUAAUACCACUCAGGAUUGAUCAACCUAAUCAUACCCUGUUUUAUUUGAAAAUGACUAACUCUCAUGAAUUUAAAAUGUACAAUUUGAAGAAGCUUGCUGAUCACCUGUGCAAUCCAGUUAAACUGUCAAUAAAAUUAUAAUUUUAUUGGUAAACAUACCAAUUGACCGCUCAUGUGCUCCACAAAAACGCCUUGUCUCACUUAUCCUGCACAUACAUAUUUUUUUUAUUUUUUUUUUCAUGAUCAAAAAUAGCAUAUUUUAUGGAAAAAAACUAAAGCGGAAAAAAUUUCAAAAACUUGUAAUUUAUUGUGAACUUUCUGACAUUAAAAUGUGGAGAAAAAAAAGUUAA